UUAUUUCUGAAAACCGGUUUCGAAAACCCUUUUCCCAAACAUUUCCCAAACAUUUGUCACAAAAUAUGACGUCUUUUCACGAGUUUUUCGGACAAAAGUCUGUUUUAAUAACCGGCGCUUCGGGUUUCGUCGGAAAAGUUCUUUUGUUUCGACUUCUUCGCGAAUGUCUUCAAAUAAAAGCCAUUUAUAUUCUUUUGCGACCAAAAGCCGGACAAACGGCGGAAAAGCGCGCAAAUCUGUUGUUAAGUCUUUCGCUUUUCGAUCCGAUUCGUCGCCAAUCUCUUUCACAAUUGGAUAAAGUUAUUCCCGUUUGCGGUGACGUCACUCUCGACGACUUGGGAUUAAACGCUUUGGACAAAUCCAUUCUUCAGCAGAACGUCAACAUUGUCUUCCAUUCGGCCGCAACCGUCCGUUUCGACGAACCUCUUCGACGCGCUCUUCAGCUGAACCUUCAGUCGACAGAACGCGUUCUCCGUCUCUGUCUAUCUCUCGUCAAACUCGACGCUUUCGUGCACGUGUCGACCGCGUACUGCACGCGCGACAAAAGCAAUGUUUUGGAAUCAGUGGAGGAUUGGAAAAGUCAGAGCGCGAGACGUCUUCUCGACGCCGCGCAAUGGAUGGACGACUCGGCUCUGGACGCGAUUGCCCGGCGUCUGGUCGGCGAUCACUUUCCGUCCACUUAUCACAUCACGAAAUGUCUUUCCGAACAGUUAUUGGUCAGUGAAGGUCGCGGUCUUCCAUUGGCUAUAAUCCGUCCUUCUAUUAUCGGAGCCGCACUUUCAGAGCCAUCUAACGGUUGGACCGAUAACUACAACGGAUUGUCCGGUUUCUUUGUUGCCGCCGGAAAAGGCGUUCUCCGCACUCUUCACGCCCUUCCAGAUGCCGUUUGUGACGUCAUUCCCGUCGAUUUGGUCGCAAACACGUGUAUUUCGGCGGCCGUUUCAGUGGCCACUCGCCGCCGCGAACUCCCGCUUGUUGUGAACUGUACUUCUGGAACUCUGAAUGCGGUGACAUGGCGUCAGAUCCGCGACUACUCGGAGACUUUGUUUUUCCGAUUUCCGUCUCAAGAGCUGUUCCGUUCGCCUUCAGUUCAUUUACACACUUCUCGAGUCAUUCAUGGAAUCCAUUUGUUGGCCGAACACAAGAUUCCGUCUUUUAUUGUGGAUCUUCUCUUCAGAUCUUUCGGUUUGAAACCAAUUCUCGGAAAAGUCUACGAAAAAGUCAAUCGAAGUGUUUCUGCUCUCGAAUUCUUUACAACAAAUGAAUGGCAUUUUCGAUGCGAAGAACUUCUUCGUCUCACUUCUGACCCCUCUUUCCCGAUAGACGUCCGCGAUAUCAAUUGGAAGUCCUAUUUCUCGGAUUACGUCUUAGGAGUUCGAAGACAUUUAUUGCGCGAAUCAGACGACACUUUGCCGGACGCGCGACGACGCAUUCAACGGCUUUACUUUUGGACUCAAAUAUCGAAAAGUUUUGUCGUUUUUUGCGUUUUUCUAAAAGUUGUUUCAUUUUUACGACAAAAACGACAGAAAUUGACGUCUCUUUUGCCUAAAGCGUAGAUUUGGAUUAGAAAUCGGAUUAAAACUCAUUAAAAAACUUUUCCUUAAAGUAAAUAUUUAUUCAUUAUUUUUG